AUGUCUCACCCAAUACACCAAGCUAAUGAAAACAGUCCUUUUGGAAACUUAACAAGAGAUGAGUUCUACAAAAAACACCAGAUUCUACACAAACAAAGUUUCAUGUUGAACAAGAGAAACAUGAAAAUAUUCACACAAAAAUGGGUACCGGAUUCCAUUGCACCCACGCGAUUGAGAGGAGUUGUUGCUAUGAUCCAUGGCUAUAAAACUGAGAGUACUUGGAUAUUUGAAUUAACUGCGGUAGCUAUUGCCAAGUUGGGGUUUAUAGUAUGUUCAUUGGAUAUUCAAGGUCAUGGUUACUCGGAAGGAUUGCAGGGUCAUAUUCCAAAAAUUCAACCUGUUAUAGAUGAUUGUACAAAAUAUUUCGACUACGUAAAAAGUGAAUAUCCAAAGUUACCGUCUUUUCUUUACGGAGAAUCGUUAGGAGGUGCAAUCGCUACGCUGAUUGUAUUAAAGCAGAAGGGGAGCUGGAAUGGGUUGGUUUUGAAUGGAGCAUUAUGUGGAAUUUCAAACAAGUUUAAACCUGUUUGGCCAGUAGAGCAUUUUCUUCCAUUGGCUGCUUUCUUAGCCCCUAACUGGAGAAUUGUGGUAUCGAAACCACUAAAGAGUAAAUCAUAUAAAGAAGAAUGGAAGAGAAACUUAGUUUCUAAUAAUCCUAAUCGCCGGAUUCAUGGUAAACCACCUGCAGCUACUGCACUUGAAUUUACUAGGAUUUGUGAAGUGGUUAGGAAGAGAAGUCACGAGCUUGAACUUCCAUUGCUAAUAGUUCAUGGUGAAGAUGAUUUAGUUAGUGAUUCAAACUCUGCUAAAAUGGUUUAUGAAUCAUCAAAGAGUACCGAUAAAACUCUUAAGAUAUUUCCUGGUAUGUGGCAUAUGUUGAUCGGAGAGCCGAAGGAGAAUGUCGAUUUAGUGUUUGAAACGAUUUUUUCGUGGCUGCAAGAUCGAGCUGAUAAAAUUGUUGCUAUUACUACAAAAACAGCAUCAACUGCUUAUUAAUGCAGAGAUCUGAAGUUUGUUAUUGUAUGAAAUAUGCAUUUUAA